AUGGCAUCGCAGGACGACAAUGGCAACCUCCGCCCGGAGCUUGAGCAUAACCCGUACUCUUCCGCGAGUCGAUGGCGACACCAGGAGUCGGCGGCCUUUCACAAGCAUGCAGGUUCCCAGGCGCGCGAUCCCGUCAAUAGCGGCACGACAGAGCCCCUUGCCGACUUCCUGAACUCGUCUCGCGUUGAGCCCAAGGGCGAUGGAGCCAGCAGUGGCAAUCAUCAACCCAUCACGGUCGCCGCGGGACAGGCUCCGCAAGCCGCCGGUCAGCAAGCGCCAAGCGAGGCGCAUGACGGCCGGGAGGUCGCCUGCGGCCCGCUGCUCAACUAUCGCCGCAUGGAAGAAGGGCGGUGGUACGGAAGCGUACUGAUUGUCAUGAAUGGCGGCGGCAAAGACGUUCUUUAUCAGCCGACGCUGAUCUUGCGACGGGUUGACAGCGCCAGGCAGCCCUCUCCCGCCGCCGCCAACGGCCUCAACGGCGCCAACGGGGCUGUCAAUGGCACCUCCGCCGACAGGCGUUUCGAGGCAGAGCGCCUGUAUUCCGACAAGCGCAACACAUUCUGGGCGUUCCCCAUUGACGUGCCAAUUGAAUCCGCUGAGACCAAGUACGAGUAUGAGAUACCCGACGUGCGCUUCGCCAGCAAGUACAAGCCCCAGGUCAACAGCUUCUUCGUCCCCGCAGCCAGCGAGUCCAUGCGAAUCAUGUUUCACUCGUGCAACGGCUUCAGCGUCGGCACCGACGAGGAAGCUUUCAGCGGCGCGCCGCUGUGGAACGACGUGAUGCGCAAGCACGAGCGCGCCCCUUUCCACGUCAUGGUUGGCGGCGGCGACCAGAUCUACAACGACGGCAUUCGAGUCAACGGCCCGCUGCGCCCGUGGACCGACAUUGGAAAUCCCAAGAAGCGGCGCGACUUCCCGUUCCCCGAGACGCUCCGGGCCGAAUGCGACGACUACUAUCUCAAGAACUACAUUCGCUGGUACAGCUCGAAGCCUUUUGCCUCGGCCAAUGGACAGAUCCCCCAGCUCAACAUUUGGGACGACCACGACAUUAUCGAUGGGUUCGGCUCAUACACCGACCACUUCAUGCGAUGUGACGUGUUCCGCGGAAUCGGUGGCACUGCGCACAAGUACUACAUGCUGUUUCAGCACCACCUGCCUCCGCCGGCGUCGACGUACACCUCGGAUCAUCUCGACUCUGACGGCGAGUCUCCGGGCCCCGACCCGAACCAGCUCAUCGACACCUUUGUCGCGCCGCAAAGGUCGGACAAGCAGUACAUUGUCGGCAAGAAGCCCGGGCCAUAUGUCGCCGAGCACUCGUUCAACAUGUUCACCCGACUCGGGGCUCGCAUCGCCCUCGUGGGGCUCGACGCAAGAACUGAGCGAACUCGACAUCAAGUCAAUUAUCCCGAAACAUAUCAGCUCAUCUUCGAGCGCGUGCGGAGCGAGCUGAACGCUGCGGCAGGCUCGUCGCAGCCCAUCAAGCACCUGAUCCUACUCCUCGGCAUUCCCAUUGCGUAUCCGCGCCUCACGUGGCUCGAAAACGUUCUACGCAGCCCCAUCAUCGGGCCCAUCAAGUUUCUAAACCGCCGCUUUGGCCUCGGCGGGGGUCUCUUCAACCACUUUGAUGGCAGCGUAGAUUUGCUGGACGACUUGGACGACCAUUACACGGCAAAGACGCACAAGGUUGAACGCGCUCAGCUCAUUGAGCAGAUGCAGGCGAUUGCUGCAGAGUACUCUGUUCGCGUUACGAUUCUCGGAGGCGACGUGCACUUGGCCGCCCUGGGACGGUUCUACUCCAACCCAAAGCUCAAGGUGCCGGUCGAGCAGGACAACCGGUACAUGGCCAACGUCGUGUCGUCGGCUAUUGUCAACAAACCGCCGCCUGCGGCGGUUGCAAAUCUUCUGGCUAAAAGGAACAAGAUCCACCACUUGAACCGCGACACAGAUGAGACGCUGCUCGACUUUUUCGACAAGGACCCUGGCGACUCGUCAAAGACGGCCAACGGCAACCAUUGCACGAUGCCUAGCCGUAACUUUGCCAUGCUGACGGAGAAUUCGCCAACGGCACCGGGAGACAAUGUCGACGGACUGGCGCAGAACGGAAGCUCUAUCGAGUCGUUCUUGGGGAGAGACGGACACGCGCAGAUGCACCGCGGAGAGGUGGAUGCCGGUACGAAGCACAAGGCCGCGAGUCCGGAGACGCACGGACGCGGCAACGAUGGCAGUCUGGACAUUUGCAUCAAUGUCGAGAUUGACCAACACGACCCCGAGGGCAAGACCCAGGGCUAUGGCUUCACCGUGCCUUCGCUACGGUACGAGAAACGACCGGCGUCCGGGCGGGCGACACCGGGGUCGACGCGUUAA